GCUGUCAUAAAACGUCCGUCAUUUUGGGAAGACACUACACAACAACAACCUUUCCCGUCCUAGAUACCGCAGAUUUUGUUUUAGCACUGGCCUCUUGCACGGGAAAAUAUUUUUUCGUAGUUGGCCAUUGCUGGCCACUAUUCUGGUGUGCAGGCCAACACUGCUAUAAUUCUUUUCCUGGGCAAAGUCCGAUACGUUCUGGAUCAUCCCAUAGGCAGCAGGGCAGCUUUGUAGAAUGUGUUUUGCAUAACACACGAUAGUCUUUUUUACUGCAAAAUUACUUGUGCAGAAAUGUAUGUACAAUGCUUUGUUAGCUAGACUGUAUUAUUUGCCUGGCAGUAAGUAUAGCUACCUAUGGUAAGGAAGUAAAUUAUUUGUCGAAGAGGAUAAAAUUUACAAUGUAAUAAAUUUUAUAAGGUGUUAGCUACACUUGCUGCAUUUACUACAGGAGAACGGCACAACAUUAAGCUGAAGCAGUGGUGCCAAUUACCCUAAAAAAAGAGAUGAACAAAUGCAAACUAAAAGGGUGUUGAUAAAAGAUUUAUGUCUAUUUUAUCAUAUGGUCAAUUACAAGGGAGGGGUUAAAACACAGUGACCAAUAAAAAAAAUAUAAACAGACAAAAAUCUUUUCAGAAUUAUUUCUACUGGGAAAUAACAAAACAUGAUUUGGGUAAGGACCAUAUUUUUAAAACCAUAUUGUUAAAACAACAAUAAAAUCAGUUGAUAUUUCACAACAGAUACUUGAAACUCGUUUCCAGUUUUCAAGGUACCGAUCAACUACCAAAAGAAUAGUUAAAAGAAAACUAAUUUCAAUUUCAGAAGGAUUGGCAUGGGGGAGCUCAAGGAUGUUUUUUUGUUGUUUUUGAAAUUUCACUAAUUUUUAAUAUUUGUCUGAAAACAGAGGGGAAGUGGAGGGGUCGGCCAUAUGCUGAUAAAAAAGGUGAAAAUCAUUUGUCAACACCCCCUAAAGAGUCAGACACAAGGACAUAACAAGACAUGGAAAAAAAAAGAACAAAUAAUUUGUUAUGGGAAAAUUUGCUGUAAAUUUAAAUCACAGAAGCACUUUGAAAAAACACAAAAGAAGAAGCAAUUUCAAAACUUAGUUAUGAAUAAAAUGCUUGAUGAGAAUUGAUUUCAUCUCAAAAUUUGAUUUACUAUGUAGUCUAAAGGGAAAAAUCAGUUGCAAAUCAUUUCAGUCUUUUACAGAGUGAAAGCGAAUUGAUUUUACAGUAUAAAUAGUUGACUUGACUAGAGGUAAUUUAAUUAAACCACAUCUACGAGCCUUAGUUUGGAUGAUAAAAAUCAAUUGCAAAUGUCUUUGUAAGACUAAUAUAAGUGACAUUAUAAACAAAAGGUUAUUUUGUAUGGCAUUUUAGAUAUAUAUGUUUUACUUAAAUGCAGGCUUCCAUUCAAAAAUUUAUUUUUUUGUUAUGCAAUAAGGAAAAAUACUACGCAAACAAUAAAUUUGAAGUUGUUCUCCUAGUUAACCAGCAGAAUAUUGAAGUCUAAUUUAGAUAUACGCCAAAUUAAACUCUACAAAAACAGCAAGUUGCAACCACACACUCUUUGAUGAUCAUACAAAUUUUGGUGUAACUAAGUUUCGCUAAAGGAAAACAAAUUUUGUCAAUUAUAUGAUUCUUUUCUGCUAUGUUUAAAACGUACAAGGCUUAUAUACAUCACUUAAUUAUGUCAAAAAUUGCUAAAGUUGAUGUUAAAGAAACUAUUAUACCAAAGCAACAGCAAUCUUGUCAUUCUAAUGCAAUUGGUGUGCAAUUUUUAGGUCCUAAUCAUACCCGUAAGAUCCAAUAUCACUUGUGCAUAAUUCAUUUUUUUUGGCGAUUAUAACAAAAAUAAACUGCCUAAAUUGUAGCUACAUAGUGAGAUUACCGAUAUCCCCAAAAUAGUUACAAUACAAUUUUAAACAAGACAGUUUAUUGUUAUUGUAACACCCUCCUUCAAUAUGAUUUUUAUAUAAUGCAGAGAGUAAGCUAGCGACAAAUCAAAUCGAUUUGAUUUCAUGCCACAUUUUUUUGAAUGUUGCAGACAACAUGCAGCAAAGUUUCGGGUUGUUGCUUUGUCUCCCAUGGUUUGCAACAUAAUUUUGCUGCAUGAUGAUAAUCUAUCAACCAGAAUACGGUUUUAUGCACUCACGUUUUAUGCACUAUCCUGUUUGUAGACCUUCUGUAACAACAAUUCAAAUUGUGUUCUAUCCAACCUCAGAUAGUUCUCGAAGGCUAUAUUAUCUAGCUUUAAGUCAGUGAAUAAAUAGAGUAUGAAACGCACCAUAUUGUCUUUUUACGAUUUAUGGUUAAGUCCAUAUUCUAUUUCUUCUUCUUUCUUCUUCAUCUUCCUCGUCAAGUAACAACGCUAUGAUAGCUGGUCUAUGCACAGCCAUAUUGAGUUAGUGAGUGAAGAAAGUGAUAACUUUGUUGCAUAUAAAUUGUUGCACAGAUGGCGACACAAGAGCGACUUUUUGACCUUGCAAUGCAACAAAAUCGCAUUGCAUGCGGAUAAAAAAAUCACAUUGUCUCCCCAAAGCUUAACUUCUUGUAUGACAUUUAAAAAAACUCAAGUAUAUCCUGUAUAAUUUUCGAAAUAGCACAAGCUUGCUGCAUAACGUUUAAAAACAAGUUUUUGAGCAUGCAAGUAUUUUUAUCUAGUUUUUAUUAAAAAAAAAAAGAACAAUUUUAUCUAAACUUUUUUUUCUGGUGAGACAAAUUAUUAUUAUUUUGCUUCAUCAUAAAAAAAAAAUUAUUUAUGAAUUGCAUGCUUAGAGCAAAUUACAAGAAAAAAUAUCCUUUGUUGUAACAUCCUCCUCAGUUGUAGAAGCUUAUAAUUGAAAAAUUAAAAAUCGCAUGCUUAGCCUUUUCUUCAUUGACAAGACUGCAACAGCUCUGGUGCGUUUUCUAAUCUAGUCAUAAGCCCAUGGAAAAUCUUCAGGGGUUUACCUGUCGACAGAUCUAUGGGAAUUCGCCCAUUGCUGCUUGUGGCUACCAUCUUUGACUCACAGACAGACAACGAGUAAAUAUAGAUUGCAUAAUUACAGACCCUGGCUUAUUGUAUGAAGGUAAAAGAGUCAAUUUUGUGGCUCAGUUUUGAUCUUAAAGAAGUUGAGCUGUUGUUAUAAAAAUUAAUUCAUCCUGGUGCCACAUCCUUAAUUAGCCUUCCAUCUUAUUUGGAAUCACCUAAUUAGCAGUACAAACUUAGUUUGCAGUUUUUCUGAGCUGUUCUGCUUGACGAACUAGACCCUACCAAAAUUUCCAAUUUAAAACCUUUUUAUUUUAAAGAAAAAAUAAAAAAAAGAACAACUACAGACUCAAAUAUACCAUUAGAUAGAAUAGACAAUUAAUACAUAUAUAUACACAAUUCUUUCAAGAGCAAAAACCAUGAUGAGUGACAUAUCGAUGCCAACAGCUGAAACAAAUAUGUCUCCUGAGAUGAUUAUGGGAGCACUUGAAAAUUUAAGUCAAGUUCCGAAGCAAAUAGCAGAAACAAUGAACAAUAAUUGCGCAGAAAUUAAGCAGUAUAUGUCCACAAGUCAUGCAGAGGAAUGUGAAAAACAUGCAAACAAUUUUCCAAAAGAACCAGCAGUAGAUCUUCAUACAUGUGGAAAACAGAAAAGAGCAAAAUUACUAGCUGAUGGAUACACUAAAGAAAAAUGGUGGUUUGAUCGGAUCAGUGUAGUGUUUGGUAUUACAACAAUGUCAAUCUGGACAUUACAACUCAUCCUGAGGUUUGAUCCGCAAGAUGUUCUAGGAAUUAUUAUAGCUUUAGUAUUUGGUUGCCUAGCAGCAGAUUUCAUGUCUGGCAUGGUACACUGGGCAGCUGAUACAUGGGGCUCUGUAGAUCUUCCUGUUAUUGGUAAAGCAUUCAUUCGUCCAUUUCGAGAGCACCAUGUUGACCCAACUGCAAUGACUCGACACGAUUUUUGCGAAACCAAUGGCGACAAUUUCCUAUUGGUCUAUCCGUUCGUAUUAUGGUUCACCUACAAGGGUUACACGUACGGCGGCGACUUGUUACGCGAACACUACAGAUUCGAUCUAUUUAUGUACGCAUUAGGUUUGUUUGUUAUCGCUACCAAUCAAAUCCACAAGUGGUCGCAUACUUAUUACGGACUACCCGCUUGGGUUGAAUGGCUACAAAAAUAUCAUAUCAUUCUACCGCGCAAGCAUCAUCGAAUUCACCACGUAUCGCCACAUGAAACCUUCUUCUGUAUUACGAAUGGCUGGCUGAACUAUCCACUCGAGGCUGUAGGUUUUUUCACUAAGUUAGAAUGGAUUAUAGAGAAAGUGACAGGUGUCCCUCCACGAAAAGAUGACAUGAAAUGGGCAGGCAAAAAAGUGGACUGAAAUUUUAUUGUUACCUGGUGAGAGAUGUAAAACAUGUACCAUUUACUUGGUUUAAUAUGUGGAAUUUGUAACAGAAGUUUGAUCGUCCUCUCCCUUGUUUAUUUUAAACGGAUAGAAAAUAUUUAUUUUAGAAUUCUACCACAAGCAUUAGUUUAAAUGCGCAUUGUUUUAUAAAACCACAUUUAUUAUUUGGACUCCCUGUGGCGUUGAAAUAUAGAUGAAUUUUCCAUCGUGAUGGCGUGAAUAAUGUUUUUCUCGUUUUUAUGUUCCCACCACCUGUUUCGUCUUAUACUUCGAACUCCUUACGCCUCAAAGAGCAAGAAAAAUCUCCUUCAUGUGUUUUUUGUUUUAGGGUGAAUUGGCAAAUUUCUCUUUUCCAUGAGUGAAUGUAAUGAGUAAAGUCACGUGGUUUAAACACGUACAUCUUUUGUUGUGAAUUAUCUGUAAAUACUUCUGUUGUAAUGUUAAAGGGAAUUUAAAAAUUCAGGGAAUAUUUUUUUUUAAAUAUCUCUUGAAUAAUUUAUACCGUUCGCAAAAAACAAUUCAUUUUGUUCGUGAUGAAUUGUUUGUGUAAACUCUAGAAUGGUCUUAGAAUUAAUCUUUUACUGUUGUAAAAUGUACAAUUUUUUCUAACGUUUUAUACUUGUUUCGUUCAUUUUUAUUUAAAAAAACACGCUUGUGGAAGUGAAAAAGAUAUCUUUGCAACAAAGAUAGUCAAACAAAA